AUGACGGAACUGGCUCUGCAAAAUCCGUUGGACGUUGAUGGCGGAUCAGGGGAAUUUACAGGGAAAGUGAAAGGGAGGCGGUAUAAAGAGAAAGGCGAGAUUGUGGUGGAUCUCAUGGAGGAGAUGGAGGAAGACAGACAGUUUUGGGAAGAACAAGCGGUGAUCGCAAGGAUCAUCGGCCUCAACUGGUCAAGGAAAAAUAUCAUAUCGUGUGUUGAAGAUAACUGGGGCGAUCAGAUUGUCAUCAAAUUUAUUCCGAAAGGAUUCUUUGUGGUGCUUUUUGAAAAACGAUCAGAAAGAGAUCGUAUCCUUAAUCAAGAGAAUUGGUUUGCAGACAAGCACGCAGUGUAUUUGCAACCCUGGACACCGAAUUUUGAUCCCAUCCCAUUGGCAGUCUAUUCAUGCCCGAUUUGGAUAUGCCUUUACAAUUUGCCGAUUGAAUAUUGGGGAGAGGUCUUCUUGGAGAAGAUUGGCAAAAUGCUUGGGACGGUGUUGGAGAUAGACGUUGAUGAUGAGGAGGAUUUGUGUAAGUAUGUAAGAUUGAGGAUCGCAGCAGUCAGGCGUAUCCCAGAGCAUAUUACAUUACAUACGUCGAAAGGUGCGUGGAGCCAGCAGAUAGAAGUUGAAAAAGAAAUUCGUCAUUGCCCCAGAUGCGGUAGUAAGUUUCAUGGUGUAGAGGACUGCAGAAUGUUCAUUAGAAAGGCUAGGACUCCUUUCAGGAGACCAAUACAAAAUUGGAGGCGAAAGUUGGAACAACCAUCGAAAACGGUUUCGGUUUCUGUAGAAAAGAUUCAAGAGACAAAAUCUCCACCGCAACAACAAAAGAAGGGUUCAUCGUCACCGUUAAAAGUCGAGGAUGAUCUUUAUUCGGAGAUUAGGAACGUAGCCAUCAAUAGGUGUCCUGAUGAUGGAGGGGAGACUCCCAGGCAGGAAGAAUUUGAAACCAAGGAGGGGGGUGAAGAUCCUUUAACCCCCAGAAUCAAUAAUUCAUGUAAAGGGUUAUCCGAUACGGAAUUUGAAUUUGAUAAGGACUUUGAGGAGGAAAUGUUUCAAGAGGAUGCUUUGGAGAAUGUAGAUCCGAGAUGUAUCAGUUAG